GGCCAAAACAAAAAAUUUAUAAAUAAAAAAGUGCCAAAAUCGUCUGACACACUUCAGCGGCUUACUUGGACGGGGUCAUCGGUCGUCGUCUCCACUAAUUGCUGACACACAUAAUUUCCCUAACUGCCUGGAAAUAAAUAAGUAAAUAAGUAACGAGCGCGAAAAGAGAGCAAAAGCUGACCGCAAAUUGAAUUUACGGUGCCCCAUCAAAGUCAAGUCGGUCGACUCUAACUAAUUUAAUGAUCAAAAGUUACACAUUUUUUUCGCACUCGGCGUCAGGCCGCUGAGCGGUGUUAAUUGAAAGUGUCACGCGCUGUGCCGUCUAAAAUUAAAAUAUCUAUCAAUUAUCGACUGGUUUUCGUCUAUGUGCGAGUGAGUGAGUGAAAGUCAACAAUGUGCCGUGGAGGAGCAGAACUGUCGGUCAUGUCCUGGCUCAUCCUGGUGCUCUUCUGUGGGGCAAUAGGCACACGGGCUGCCACACCCUUUGCGAAGGAGUACCGCAGCGCGGGACUCUUCAAGGGCAACACACUCGUCGAUGUGGAUGGAUCCACCACCUUGGAUGUGGGAGCAGAGAAGCCCACGAGCAGCGGUGGACUAAGUGGAGGUGGUUUCAAGUCGGAGUCGUCGGUGGUUCUACCGGGCAUGGAUCUAAAUUCAGGCUGCCCGGCGACGACGAGCUCCCACUGCCAGCGCUGCAACAAGGCGGGCUGCAUCAAGUGCUUCACCUACCUAGUGACGGAUACCAGGCAAUGUGUGGAUCAGUGCCCUGCCGGUUACCUGGACCAAUGGUCAGCUCACACCGAGUUCAUGGGACGAGUGUGCGUGCCCACAGGCUACUCGGGUCCACUGAUGGCUGCUCUGGCUGGGCUCCUGGGCGGCUUCCUGGUCUGCCUUUCCCUUCUGGCCGUGGCCGUGAUGCUGGUUAAGAGAAAGCGGCGACGGAAGUCCGUGAAACAGAAGCUCAUCAACGAGAACACCAUGGAUCGAGCGGACUUCAUGAGGCAGCUAAACGAGAUGCGGCCGAAUGCGGAGUACUUCCUGGCCAUGCUAAACGACACCCGGCGGCAGAUCCGCAAACUCUAUCUGUCUGGCGAGGUGGCGGCUGCCAAUUCCUACCGCCCCAUUGUCCGGGAUCUGGCCAAGCUGCUCAUCCUGCUGAAUAGGCCCAUUGAGCUGAUACCAGCUCCUCCGCCGGAUUGGUCCCGCCUGUAUGCCUGGUCUGAGCAGGCAUUGGAGCGGUACAAGCCCCAGGUGGGUCAGCUAAUCGACUUCUUCCAGGCCUCACACGGAGGCGGAAGUGGUCAUCAGGAAGUGCUCUAUGCGGCUCCGGCCAAGAAGAAGCAACAUCAGCAGGCCAGCAUCUUCCGGCAACAGGUGACGCCCACGGCGACGCCUCAGGGAGUGGGCGAGCUGAUGGCCGGGGACAGGAACAGCAGCGCUUCGGCGCAACAGAAGCUGCACCUCUUCGGAUCGCUGAUCAGCCUGCACGAGUUCGAGGAGCCAAGGGCCUCGGAUCCCUUCGGUAGCAGCUUCAACACGCUGAAGAGCGGGAAUCUCAUCAGUGAUCUCAACGCCAGCUCACUCUGGCUGGAGGACGAGUUCUACAAGCUGGGCUUUCGACCGCAGGACGAGAUCACCACGGAGCUGUAACCGCCGCAUCACAAAACUCAGACUCAAAUUCAAACUCAAAACUUAAUGUAAUGAAGUAUUAUCCCGGCUGACGGGGCUAGCGGAUCGGAUCUAGCGCCAGUUCAGCCGGGGGGAGGAGCAUUUGCGUGCACAUUCCGCCAGGCCAUCAUCAUCGUCAUCAUCAGCGAGAUCGACUCCAUUUAGCUGGAGCCGCUAAAUGCCCACGUUUAGAGUUACUUAGAUCAGUUAAGCAAGCAAACUAGUCACGUAAAAUCACAACAAACAAAACCAUCAUCAACACACAACGAUGCCGUGCAGGAAAAGCCGAAAAAGGAAACACUGAAGUGAAAAACAGCAAAUGGAAAUCGCGUGGAAAUGAAUUUAGUUUUAUGGAUUUUACAAAAAUCGCAACAAUCAUGUAACGAACAAUAUUCAAUAUACACACUAUAUAGAUACUAUUCAGAUUUAAAGUAAUGUGUUUAAACUUAUAGCCAUAGCUUAGGUAGACAGAGAUUAUGGAGCUUAUUGAAUACGAAAUGGAUAAUAAAAUCGUGUGCCUUAAGAGUGUAAAAUCA